AUGGCUCGGUCAAAUCUGUUAUUCGUUAGCCUGCUCAGCUUGGCUGGUCUGGGAAACUCUUUUGUUUACCAGAACAACCAAGCCGGAUUGGCACAGGAUGAGCCUCAUGUCGCGGCCAAUUUCCCAGAACCCACUGGAAUCGAUAUCUUUUCUCCAUCUUUCAAUGACCCCGAGACUGUGCCCAGUGGUUUUGCCAAUGGAACCAGUGGACCUACAAGUCAAUACAAGAUGGAGAGCUACCUCCAAACCCUGGCAGCCCGCAACGACUGGAUUACAUAUCAUAACCCUUCUAUUCGGUCUGAAGAGGGCCGCACUCUCCCCUAUGUCUAUCUCUCAACAAGCACAAGCCAGGAGAGUAUUAUCACCGACCUGCGCUCACCAGGAAGCUUCUCCAGCUUCACAAACUCCACAAGGAAGAUACGAGUGCUUUUGCAAGGUGGUGUGCACGGCAAUGAGCCCGCGGGUGAUGAGGGUCUUUUGGCCCUGAUCGGCAAAAUGGAUGCGAACCAGACAUGGGCCGCGUCCAUUCUCGAGAACAUCGACAUUCUUAUUCUCCCGCGUUACAACCCCGACGGCGUGGCCUAUUUCCAGAGACAGCUUGCUAGCAAUCUCGACCCUAACCGGGACCACACCAAGAUGACAAGCCAGCAAACUCGCGACAUCAAGAAGCUGGUUAUGGAAUUCGCCCCUCAUCUGGCAGCUGACUGCCAUGAAUAUACUGCUCCGCGAGGAGUAGGAGCUAAUGCACAGUGGCUUCCUUCACAAGACGGCCAGUUUUGCGGGGUGAAGAACCUCAACGUCCAUGAGGAUAUUCUGAAACUCCAGGAGGGGCUCUUUGCAGACAGCAUGGCCGCUGCUUUGGAGAGGAACGGUUUGCGGUGGAGCGCCUACAUUACGGGCAACUCUGGCACCGACGAUAUUGUUCUCGAGGAGACGACAAGUGAUGCGAAGUAUGGCGAUGUGUCCAUCGGCCUGAACCAAGCCGUUGUGUUUACACUUGAGACACGCGGGAUCAGACUUGGCGACCAACACUGGAAGCGUCGGUUGGUGUCACAGCUUACCAUGGUUGAGGCCCUACUGCAAGCUGCUUCUGAUAAUUACGAGAGUGUAUUCAAUACCAUUGAGAAUGCUCGAGCUGAGUUCAUCUCAAGUGACAAGGAUAUAAUUAUCACUGAUUACGCGAGAGAGACAAACAUUACUUGGCCGUAUAUUGAGCGCGACACUGGCAAGAUUGUCGACGUGCCCGUUACGUUGAUGAACUGCACCCCCAUGGUCGCCAAUCUCACCCGCCCCCGCCCUGAAGCAUACAUCUUCCCACGGGCAUGGCGCUUGGCCGCAGAGCUUCUGAGAGACUCGGGUGUCGUCGUUGAGGAGUUGAAGACCAACUUCAAGGGCACCGUCUCGGCACUCAACAUCACGACUGCGACGCUCGCCAGUACCAAGUACGAGGGCAUCGCGAUGACCACUGUGACGACGGAGUCGUUUGAGAAGGAGGUGGAGAUCCCAGCUGGCGGAUAUGUCGUUAGCACACGACAGAAGAAUGCUGUCAUUGCAUUUAAUACUCUUGAACCAGAGACGGUUGACUCGUUUGCCAAGUUCAACAUUUUGCCAGUCGUAGCUGGUGACGAGUACCAAGUAUACAGAAUAUACUAG